AUGUUCAUUUCACACUGGAUUGUUGCUUUUUUUUGCUUUUUCUUGUUCUUCAUCUUCCUUUGCAAAGUGUUCUAUGAUGCUGCUUCAAGUUCAACAUCUCGAAACAAGUUGCCGCCUUCUCCUUCAAGGUUUCCCGUGAUCGGAAAUCUUCAUCAGUUGGGCUUAUACCCCCACCGCUCGCUCCAAUCACUGUCUAAACGUUGUGGUCCACUUAUGUUAAUUCAUCUGGGCAGCGUGCCAGUGUUGGUCGUCUCCUCUGCCGAUGCAGCACGCAAGGUCAUGAAAGAUCAUGAUUUGAUUUUCUCAAACAGGCCAAAAUCAAGCAUCGCUGAAAGACUAAUUUAUGGCUCUAAGGAUGUAGCGUUUGCUCCUUAUGGCGAAUUCUGGAGGCAAGUGAGAAGCAUAUGUGUGCUACAGCUUUUGAGUAACAAGCGGGUUCAAUCUUUUCAGCGUAUAAGAGAAGAAGAAACAUCCUUUAUGGUCGAGAAAAUUAGACAGUUGUGUUCUUCAUCUUCAUCAAUAAACUUGAGCGAUAUUUUUGUGUCGCUUACAAAUGAUAUAGUGUGCAGGGCGGCAUUGGGGAGGAAAUAUGGUGUUGGAGAAGAAGGAAAAAAAUUCAAAUCGUUGUUGAGGGAUUUUGUGGGCUUACUGGGUACUUUCUGUGUAGGGGAUUACAUUCCAUGGCUUGCCUGGAUUAAUAAAUUCAAUGGUUUGAAUGCCAAAGUGGAAAAAGUGGCUAAAGUGUUUGAUGAAUUUUUGGAGGGCGUAGUUGAAGAACACUGGGAUAGAAAGAAAGGAGAGAGAAUGCAUGAUGGCAAUACUGAUGAAAAUGGAUCAGAUUUUGUGGACAUAUUGCUUGAAAUUCAGAGCGAAAACGGGGCUGGUUUUCAACUGGAAACUGAUGUGAUCAAAGCUCUCAUCCUCGAUGUAUUUGCGGCUGGAACUGAUACAACAUAUUCUGUGUUGGAAUGGACAAUGGCGGAGCUUUUAAGGCAUCCAACAAUCUUGGAAAAAUUGCAAAAUGAGGUUAGACAAGUAGCUGGAAGCAAAAUCUCCCCUUUCGGUCGGGUCCUUACUAGUUUUGGAGUUUUCUUUCUUGCUACUGCCAAGGAGAAGGAUAAUUGCAGGAGAUCAAGUGAAUCUAGUUUAUCUGGUUAUAAACCACUUGUCCAUAUGGCAAAUUUAUAA